AUGCGGCUGCUGCCCCUGCUGUGGACUGUCCUCUGGGCCGCGCUCCUCGGCUCCCCGCUGCGGGGGGGCUCUGGCGUCCGCCACGCCGUCUACUGGAACUCCAGUAACCCCAGGCUGCUUCGAGGCGACACUGUGGUGGAGCUGGGCCUCAACGAUUACCUGGACAUCUUCUGCCCGCACUAUGAAGGCCCAGGGCCCCCUGAAGGCCCAGAGACAUUUGCCCUCUACAUGGUGGACUGGUCUGGCUACGAGGCCUGCCAGGCAGAGGGGACAGGUGCCUUCAAACGCUGGGAAUGCUCACGCCCCUUCGCGCCCUUCGGCCCUGUGCGAUUCUCAGAGAAGAUUCAGCGAUUCACACCUUUCUCCCUGGGCUUUGAGUUUCUGCCUGGAGAGACUUACUACUACAUCUCGGUGCCAACUCCGGAGAGUUCGGGCCAUUGCUUGAGACUCCAGGUGUCUGUCUGCUGCAAAGAGAACAAACCUGAGUCAGCCCACCCUGUUGGGAGCCCUGGAGAGAGUGGCACCUCGGGGUGGCAAGGCGGUGGUGCGCCCAGCCCCCUCUGCCUCUUACUGCUGCUGCUACUACCGAUUCUGCGCUUCCUGCGAGUUCUCUGAGCCGAGAGGACCCUCCCGGCCACUCCCAGAAGCCAGUGCCCUGUCAGGACACCCUGGAGGAAGAGCCCCUGCCACCUGAGCUGCGAAUGCCAAGCCAGACCAACACGCUGGAGCAGUGGUGGCAGAAAUCAGAGGGCCGGAAGUGACCCGUGUAACACGCUGAAGAUUAGCCAGGGGCGCUGCAGACACCCCUGAGCACCCUGGAAGGUCCUCGUCAGUGGCUUUGCUGGUCCCUCCCCAUCCCCCUGGAAGCCCCAGGAUUUGGCAGGAUCGAAUCCUUGAGCCAGCAGGGGGCCAAGGACCUGGGGACAGGUGGAUUGCUGGACCAGGGCCACGAAGAAGCCCAAGCCUGGUGUCUAUGCCCCGUGUCCAGUGGGCUUUGCUCUGGGGCAGCACCUUGCCCUCCCCAGGGGGGGUCACUCUCUUGUCUUCUGUGAAGAUGGACUUGCUAUGAGGUUGAAUUUUAUGCCAGUUUGUAUUUUUAUAAGAGCCUGGACCAAACCCUGAAUAAACCACCUCUCUUGUU